AUGCGAAUUAAUAUAAUUAUAUACGUAUAUGUAUAUACAACAAAAUUUGAAAAAGAAAAUAAAAAUUUAAAAACGGGAGUUUUAAAAUAGGAAAAGUCAAACGCGCUCGUCAGAAACUUUUGAGUGACUUCUUAAAAAAAAUUCUGAUUAAAGUGGCCCCCCGAGGGAUCAGAAAGGUGUCGCUCAAAAAUUUCCAUUGAGGGUUUUGCCGUUGGCUGUCAAGCGAUUCAAAGGAAUUGAGGUAUUUCUGUUUUCUUUUUUCAAUCAAAUUUUCGAUUUCAUUCCAAUGAGGAUCGAUAUACCCUGAUUCGAACGCCUUUUUGAGCUUCUAAUGCUUUUUAUUUUUUUAUAGUGUGAAGUUUUUUUCACAACCAAAUUGGAUAAUAAAUUUUUUUAAUGAUUAAUCGGCAAACUUUUUUCUUCCUCAAGUGUUGUUAAUUAAGAUUUUUGAGACAAAAGAUGCGGCUUGCCAUUCGUGCUCUCCGCCCAGCUGCAAAUCAGAACGUGAACUCGCCAAAGUUAUGGCAAGACCCUGUCCUGGGAUACUUUGAAACGCACGGUAAACCGCUUUUUGUUCAUUAAAAUGUUUUGAGUCAAGGAAAAACACAAUUUCUGCCGGAACACGAAUACAAUCUCACCGACGAUCAGAAGAAGGCUGUACUGUGGAGGUUUGUGAGAUUCUAAAUUCUAUCCGAUACGAAAUCUAAUCGCUACCCGCGCAAAAACUUAUUUUUUAUCGAAAUUUUUGAAUGGAUUCGUGGGAAAAUGGUUCAAUAUGAUACAGUAAUAAUAAAAAAGAAAUGAUAAUUUUUAGAUAUCGAGUGAAAGAGAUUCUGAAGAAAGAAUAUUUGCGCCGAGAGUUUGACCCGCAUAACUUCAAGUACAAGGUAGUUUUUUUUAAAUUCGUUAAGUGUAAUCUUAUCAAAAAAAAAGAUAGAGAUAAUUUUACGUAUUCAAAAUAAAUGAGUUUUCUUUUAGUUUUCCGUUUUCCAACAAUUUUCCCGGCAAAGUGUGUUAGGUGCAUUGAAAAGCCUCAGAAUGUCAACCUGAUGUCAGGCUUGACUGAAUAGAGCUUGUUCUUAGUCUUGUUAAGUUUUUGAACUGUUCCGAAAAAAAAUACUCUAAUUCUGAACCAUUUAGUUUAUGAGGUAGACAUUCUCGCAAAAAAAAAAUUUGCAGGAAGGUGUGACGAUGGACCCGGCCAUGUUCCGGUGGUACUCGGCAGAUAUGACGCAAGCAGAGUUUUUCCGUUUCACGCCCCGCUCCGUCCUCCUCUACGUCGGCUCAGUGCUCGUCGCAUUCUACGUCUACACGCGUCUCAUGUUCGUCCCAAUGGUAGGAUCCCUGUUCUUUGCAGUCUAUUCUCAAUCGAAUCCUACUUCAGGACAAAUCGAACGAAGCAUGUUUGGAUGGGGAGCUUUUGUGGUGGGAUCGUCAGCAAGGUCGCACUCUCAUGACCUCUGGAUCUGGACUUUUUGCUCCGACUAUUGGAAUCGAUUUCUAG